GCUCCGCCAAGAGUACCUGCUUUUGCACUAUAGCAAGAAGAGUGAGCGGCAAUGGCGGGGGGUUCAAGGUCGAUUGCAGCUCCUCUGCUGCUGUUGCUGCUCCUAGGGCUCAUAGUGCUAUUGGGCGGGGGAACAGUGGGGCGGAUUCGGAUUGGAAGCGAGAGGUCGUCGGAUUCGAGGAGCGACCACACUUCUCGGAGGAGCUUGAGGGAGGCGACACGCAAUCCGAGGGAGGCUGCUGCUUCCAUCGAAGAGAGGGCUAAAACCAAAACUGCAGAAGCCGCAGUUGAUUACCCUGACGAGGUUGCUUCUACUGUCAUCAUGUCCAUAAGAAACAACACAGCUCGCAGGUCUCUUGCUUACCUGUCAUGUGGCACAGGCAACCCAAUUGAUGAUUGCUGGCGGUGUGAUCCUGACUGGCACAACAAUCGGAAAAGACUUGCUGAUUGUGGGAUUGGCUUUGGUCGAAAUGCCAUUGGUGGCCGGGAUGGAAAUUUCUAUGUGGUGACCGACUCUGGCGAUGAUGAUCCUGUGAAUCCACGGCCAGGAACACUCAGAUAUGCAGUCAUCCAGGAUGAACCCCUCUGGAUCACUUUUAAGCAGGACAUGGUGAUCACACUCAAGGAGGAGCUUAUCAUGAACAGUUUUAAGACAAUUGAUGGACGUGGUAGAAAUGUCCACAUUGCCAACGGAGCUUGCAUUACCAUCCAAUAUAUCUCCAAUGUCAUCAUCCAUGGGCUCCACAUCCAUGACUGCAAACCCACUGGAAAUGCUAUGGUUCGCAGUUCUCCUUCCCAUUAUGGAUGGAGAACCAUGGCUGAUGGGGAUGCAAUUUCCAUCUUUGGUUCUAGCCAUGUCUGGGUGGACCAUUGCUCUCUGUCCAACUGUGCGGAUGGACUUGUUGAUGCGGUAAUGGGCUCUACUGCUAUUACAGUCUCCAACAGUUAUUUCACCCACCACAAUGAGGUUAUGCUUUUGGGCCACAGUGAUUCUUAUGAAAGGGACAAAUCUAUGCAAGUUACAAUUGCAUUUAACCAUUUUGGCGAGGGACUCAUUCAGAGAAUGCCCAGGUGCAGGCAUGGUUACUUUCAUGUGGUUAACAACGAUUAUACACACUGGGAAAUGUAUGCCAUUGGUGGGAGUGCUAAUCCAACCAUCAACAGCCAGGGCAACCGAUAUCUUGCCCCUUCUAAUCCAUUUGCAAAAGAGGUAACCAAGAGAGUGGACACAGACGAAAGCACAUGGAAGGACUGGAAUUGGAGGUCAGAAGGUGACCUGCUGCUAAAUGGUGCUUUUUUCACCCCCUCUGGUGCAGGUGCUUCAGUUAGCUACUCAAGAGCGUCCAGUCUCGGAGCUAGGUCUUCUUCUCUGGUUGGCACAUUGACUUCUAAUGCUGGAGUUCUUGCGUGCCAAGAAGGGACCCAAUGCUAAUACAAUUCCACGCAUCAGUAGGAUGGAAAUUAUUCUUCAGUGUCAUAUUUUAAUGACACUGUUAGCAGUUACAUAUCCACCCAACCUCCGCCAGCUCUAAAGGAUAAGCUCGGCGGAAGCGUUGUGUUGUUCGACUUCUUACCUAUACUAUUUUAGCUCCAUAUGCAUAAUUUCUACCUGAAUAGUAUGCUAUAUACACAAGUGUGUUCUCCUCCAAUAUGUGAUGAGCCAUCUAUAGGUUUAUGUUUCUCUUCAGUUGGAAAAACAAAUAUACAUAUAUGAAAAUGUAGGUGGCGAGAUGGCCGUCUGUCUUGAUGAUUUGGUGAAGAAAAUGGGGAAACUUUGGUGAA